UACCAAUAAGAAAAAAAAUAUUCGUCAUUACUUUUGUUAGAGAGGCAUGGUAUUCGUCGUUUAAUUCUCAAGACUGGAGAUAUUAUUUCAAACAUGUCAAAAUAGUGGAAGUAGAUGGACAGGAUGCAUUGCAUUUUUAAUGCUAUGCAAGAUUUCACUGUGCUACUUUGAAAAUUAGCCUAUACUCAUAUAAACGUCCUAUCAAAGUUUAUAUGACUUCAAGUUGAUUUCAAUGUAAUAGAUGUUAGAAUUAAGUUUAACUGUUGUAGCUGAUUUGUGAGAGUAGACGACUUUACGGUAAUGAAUAAUAAAAAAGUAAUGUUGCCUUAGAGUUGAAUACUGCUUUGUUUUAUUUAAUCUUGCUUAAUGUUACAAAAUAUUUAUAUGCCAUGGAGUAUUCGUGACCAUACAUCUGGACCUAAUCAUAUUCCUAAAAUUUUCAAAUGAGAUGUGAUGUUUAGUAAACACUGAAACAAUUCAUUCUUCUGACUGAAAUACAAAGCACAUCUUUCUGAGCUCGAUUACCAUGGUAACAUAAAAGAUUGGUAAUAAAUGCCAACAUUGGUCACAUGCAUGUAGAGACCUAAGUCUUAAUUGUGAACCAUGAUAUCGGUAGGCCAUCGAAAGUUUUAGAUUAAAUUUUACUUUCGUGUUACUGGAACUGAUUUGUUCUUAGUUCUUAUUUUCAACACGAAAUUUAUAGCAUUCUCACGCAAUGUUUUUUUUUCAAAAUGGGCAUUAUAAUCAAGAUAAUGGAGCAGACAUCAUCAUGGAGAAUUCAACAUAUCUUCAUCUCUAAUUAUCUAUUCAUCUCUGUCCUAUUUACCUUCCUUUCUCUGGAACCAAGGAGCUGCACCGCUCAACAAACCCAUGAGAGUUCAACGAUGGCGACAGAUACGAUGUCCACUGGUAGUGACCACAUGAUGAUGGAUUCGAUGACGGAGAUGACAUCAGACAUGAUGGCUACGGAUGGGCAACACCCGAUGAUGACAUCAGAAAUGAUGCACGGUGACGAAAACACGAUGGCGACAAUGAUGAUGACCGCCGACGAUCAGCACACGAUGUCGACAGAAGAAAUGACGAGCGACAGGGAUCCUAUGAUGACGAUGACAACAAUGACAGCAACCGAGGAGACCGACGAUGAUGACCACACCUUGUCUGGAAUUACUGCCGUUAAUGUGCAUCAUACGAUGGCGAGGGAUGAGAUGAUGAGCACAAUGAUGCAUAGUAUGACAACGGAUGAGAGAAUAAAUGAUACAUCAAAUACGACUAUGUCGCCAUCGAUGGCCAUGGAGAUGACCACAGGAACAAUGACCGAAGAACCGGGAGCCCAUAUCAUGAAUGAAAGUGUGACAAUUAUGAUGAACAUGGAUAAUAUGACUCACCAAGACCAGCAUGGGCAUUCUAGUAUGUCAGCAAUGGGCAUGACGUCGACUCCCAGAAUUCAUCAUACAUCACCUGCGAUGGCGCUAGCUUGUUUCUCAUGUCAGACCACAUCGAUGACAUCCGUAUGCUACGACAUGCAGAACGACACGUCGCCUGUCGUCACCUGUGCUGUUGGUGAAAUGUGCGGGACCGUACGGUAUGAUCAAGGAUUCGGUACCAACCUUGUCAAUAUAUCAAGGAUGUGCUUUUCUGGAAGCUGUCCCAACACGGAAGUUGAUGACAUGGCUUGUGAGACGUCUCAUCCGCCACAUCGCCGAUGCGUUCAGUGCUGCUCAGAACACAGGUGUAACCGGCAUGUCAAUAGCAAGGGUGUUUCUUCAAUCGUCGACUCCAAAAUGGCGUCUAUUGUCGGUGGCCUGUUGUUAUCUGUAUCAGUUACUUUAGCCGAAACCCUAUACAAAGAUUAUCCCUUUCAAGAUGUGUGAUUGAUGAUUUCCCAGUACUUGAUUAUACAUAAAGUUCAUCCCUUU